AUGAAUGCUUGUGCCUCGAAUGGACCGUGUCAGAAUGGCGCUAUGUGUUUGCCUGUACAAGGUGCACCAUACCAAACCUGCAGUUGUCCGGAGGGCUUCACUGGAACCAACUGCGAAACCAAUUUGUGCAUGCCAAACCCAUGUAACACUGGAUCCUGCGGUCCUGCUUCUAACGCAAACGGAUACAACUGCACUUGUACCGGCAACUAUUUUGGCGUUAACUGCGAAUCUAACUUGUGCUUGAAUAACCCCUGCAAUACGAAUGACACGGAUGCAAACUGCACCUAUCCUGAUCCAGCCAAUGUUCAGACAAGGCUCUGUGUAUGCAAUGCUUCCGCUGGAUUCCAUGGAGAGCUAUGUGAACUCAAUGUGUGCCAGCCGGAUCCCUGUAAUGGUGGCUCAUGUUCCAACAUCGGCAACACAGACUACAUGUGCACAUGUCCCUUCAAUCGGACUGGUCAGAACUGCACCGAGGCAGUGUGCCCGGGAACUCCGACGGAGUGUAGCGGUCGAGGUAUAUGUGUACCUGAUGGCACGACACCCAAGUGCAACUGUAGCGACGGCUUCUUUGGCAACAACUGUGAAUCCCAGGUGCCUCCAUGUGGAAUACCGCUCGUCCCUCGUAUCUUUGGCGGAGCACCUGACCAAGCGACAGAAAAUCCUUGGAAUGUGAAAAUCGUCCAAACUGUUACUAAUGAUGUCUUCUGCAGUGGUACCAUCAUUGACCUUGACUGGGUUGUUUUCGAUGGAUAUUGUGCCGCGUUUUGUGGUGGCGCUUGUCACGUCUUGUUGGGAGACGGGGCGGUAGUAGAGCAAGUGAGAAACAUGUCUAACGUCCAAGUCCACCCGGACGCCAAGUUCAACACAAGUAUACAAACCUUGUUCGCUGUUGGGUCUGCUGAUCCUGAAAAUGUUCUCCCUUACAACGUGGCUCUGGCCCGGCUUUCGGCUCCUAUUAAUCCUGCCGUAGGGGUGAACCGCGUGUGCCCACCAGCUGACGUCUACAGCACAUUCCGUGCUCCCAGGAACUGCAAAGUUUCAGGGUUUGGCCAACAGACCCAAAUAAAUGAAACGCUCUUCUCAAACGCUUCAACCGUGGUCCGCCAGGUUCUUGACGCCGUCAUCCUUGAUGACAGUGUGUGCUCCUUUAUAAGAAACAGAUCUCAACCGGCAACAACUCAUUGCGGCUUUUCAACAUCUGGCGCCUUGGUCUGCAAUGGGGACAACGGUGCUGCUGUGGUGUGCCAGAACGUAACUUCGGGCGAAUGGACGAUCGAGGGAACUGUAUCUUACCUGCCCGAUAACACGGCCAAUACCUGCGCUCGCACUUUCGUCUACACUGAUAUGAAUGCGUUCAUGCGUGGCAACUUCCGUAUCAUCUUUGCAUCCAAGAUGAAGGUCGCCCUUACCGUCGCUGUUUGUGUUCUUGUGGUUAUCACUCAGCGUGGACAUUCCUUUGUGUUCAGAUCACCAUGUGAGAUCCAGAAGCACACCUGCUAUGAUGCGAGCCAGUGUCCAACAGGCACCCAGUUCCUGGAAUCCCUAUGCUUUGACAACAAAAUAUGUUGUAUUGGAGUCAAAGCGUGUUCCCCUGACUCGUGCAUUAACGGAACAUGCAUCCAGAACACGUGUACCUGUCACGCUGGUUUCUCUGGAGCUAACUGCGACGUCGACGCAUGUGCAGGUAAUGGACUCUGCCAGAAUGGGGGUGUAUGUCAACGUAAUAACACUGAGCCGAAGUACUCGUGCGUCUGUGCCCCAGGUUACCAUGGCCUAAACUGCGAGGUUGACGCUUGUGCUGGGAAUGGACCAUGCUUGAAUGGAGGACCGUGUAACCGCCAGGUAGAUGCGCCAUAUUACACGUGCGCUUGUCCCCUGGGAUUCACUGGAGCAAAUUGUGACAUUAUUGAUGUCGUACCCCCGUGUGGAAUGCCUGUAACUUCACGUAUCGUCGGCGCAUCCCCGACGAGGCAUCCCAGAAUCCUUGGCUUGUCAAAGUCGUUCAUGCUGCUGGAUUCGUUCUCUGCAGCGGUGUCAUCAUCGACAGGGAAUGGAUUGCCGUGGACGGAUUCUGCGUUGCACUGUAGUUGUGAUGGGAUGUGUAACGUCGUGGUGGGAGACUACGAUGGAGCUACUGUUGAAGCUGAAGAACAAGUACGGAGUCUGACCAACUACAGCAUCCAUCCCAAUGCUAACUUCAACGACCUCGCUUCGUUCGGUAUUGUCACCGCAUCGGACCCAGAUUUUGGUUUGGCUUACAACGUGGCCAUUGCACGCCUUUCUUCGCCUAUUACGUUUUCGAACAGAAUCAACCGUGUGUGUCCACCGUCGGAUCUGUACAAUGUAUUCCGUGCACCCAGGACCUGUGUGAUAGCAGGGUAUGGAAAACAAAAUACGGAGGUCUGUAACCCGAGUCCAUGUGGAAACCAUGGGUCCUGUUCGUACGAUUCCAAUGCAGCAGGAUACACAUGCUCAUGCCGAGAUUUCUAUUCUGGUCCAAACUGCGAAAGUACGUAA